UCAUGGCGCCGGCGCAGCAGGGAUACCGGCUUCAGGACGUCGGGUCCAGGGGCGACAUGUAUUACAAGUUCAGCGGCUUCACCCAGAAGCUGGCUGGGUCUUGGGCUUCGGCCGCCUACAGCUCGCAGGGUUUAAAACCAGUGGCACCCUCAGAAGCACCACCUAUUAUAUUUGCUACACCAACAAAAUUUGCCUCAGAGACAACUACCUAUGAUUAUGCUGGGAAAAACAAGGUUCCACAGCUGCAGACAUUUUUUCAGAAAUCUGAUGGUAUACCUGUCCACUUGAAAUAUGGCCUACCUGACCAAAUGCUCUAUCGGACCACCAUGGCUUUGACCCUGGGAGGGACCAUCUACUGCCUGAUAGCCCUCUACAUGGCUUCACAACCCAAGAAUAAAUGAGUCAAAGUUCACAAGACUGAUUUAUUAACCAGAGUUUUGGCAUAAAACCCUUUGAAUUUUCUGUUUUCCUAAUUGCCAGUGAAUUCACUGACCUGUGUGGUUUAUAUUCUUCAGACAGAAUUUGAAGGCUUAUCAAUAAGUGAAUGUUUUGGUUAGUUGGUUUGUGAAAAUAAAUGGAUUAUCAGAGCACAUUAAAGAGUUAGCUAUUAUUUAAACAAAGGUGAUGAUGCCCCUAUAAUUUGGGCUCCCUUAUCUCUCCAGAGGUUGGCAGGCUGGCUCAUUAACAAUUCACUUGAUGAAGCCACCAGGGAUUUGUGGUGCCUUUCAGAGGCCCCU